AAAACUCACGACGAGCUCGCAAUGUCCGCCAUCUUCUCCGGUGCACCUCCGCAAGGCGGCCCAGGCUACUCGUUCACUCAGACCCCCACAACUGCACCGUCAGGCGAACGGCAACAUGGCUUCUACCCCUACACUGACAACGGCGGUUCCACUCUCGGUAUCUCUGGUGCCGACUUCGCCAUCCUUGCUGGCGACACCCGCUCUACCAACGGUUACAGCAUCAACACGCGAUACGCACCCAAGCUCUUCAAGAUUGGCGGUGAGGGGCCAGACAACAAGGGUGCUCGGAUAGUGCUUUCCGUGGUUGGCUUCGCAGCAGACGGCGAAGCACUGAAGGAGCGUCUGGACACCAUUGUCAAGAUGUACAAGUACCAGCACGGAAAGCCCAUGACCGUCUCCGCGUGCGCACAGCGCCUCAGCCACAUUCUCUACAACAAGCGGUUCUUCCCCUACUACGUGCAUGCGAUUAUAGCCGGUCUGGAUGAGGAGGGCAAGGGAGCGUUGUACUCGUACGACCCGGUCGGCAGCUACGAGAGGGAGCAGUGCAGAGCGGCGGGUGCGGCGGCAUCACUCAUCAUGCCCUUUUUGGACAACCAGGUCAACUUCAAGAAUCAGUACGAGGUGGGCAGCGGAACGGGACAUGACCUGAAGUCAAGGCAGGCAGCGCCACUGCCGCAGAACCAUGUGGAGGAUCUGGUGCGAGAUGCGUUCACGAGCGCGGUCGAGAGGCACAUUGAGGUUGGUGACGGGCUGCAGAUGAUGAUCAUCAACAAGGAGGGCAUACACGAGACAUUCACCCCGCUGAAGAAGGACUAAAGAAGAUGUUGUGCGGGAGCAGCGAUGGCCUGAAUGUGAUUAACGACCUUAUACAUCCACAAUGGAUAUGCACGAAUAGCAUGACAUGGCGUCAUGAGUGAACAUGAAGGGUGUUCAACUGCCUGAUUCAAGAAGAUUCUGGACAGGCUCAAAGUACAAUUUCAUCCUCUCAUGACAUUCUCAGUCUCUAUAUGCAUUUGCGUUUUUUGACGUGUAUUUCCUGCUCCUCAUGUUCUCUCAUAUCUCUAUCGAUGUGCUUGUGUCGUUCUGUCUAUGUCCCAAUCCCGCAUCGCCGAAGACUUUCAUAAAACCAUCACUC